UAACGGUAUCUGUCCCAUUUACAUCAUAUACUAACGAAGAUACCACCAAAUAUAAUGAAAUGAGAGAAGAACAAUUUUUGCCUGCAUAUAAUAAUCAUUUCUGUUAGACAGUAUUAUGGAAGUGACAACUGCGGAGGAAGCGUAGGUAAUAAUCAGGUGAUGUCACCCGUGGAACCGUUAAUUCAUUAAAAGGAAUGUCUCUCAAAGCUUUCAGUGGUGUAUUAUUAUCUGAACCUAUUAUCAUAUCCUCACGCGUCUGUCGUGUUUUUAAUUCACGAAUUUCUCACUUUAUGCGAAAAUCGUUAACAUCGAUUUUUAAAUAAUUUUUAUUUCAGGUAAUAAGCUCAGCUUUGUCUUAUCUCACAAUGACAAGAAAUUACAGUACAUAAAAUAUCAUAUUCAGUGAUGUUGUAAACUCAAUAUAACAGUAAAAGUGCAUUUGUUGUGUGAAGUAAAUUGUGCACUAGAAAAUAAGGUUUUCCAUAGUUGAUUCUAAUCAUUUCAUUUGAUUUCGUUUGAUAAAUACCUGAGACAUCGCAGCAAGUUAGUGAAGGAAGAAUUCGCUCUUGUUCUCGAGACAGUCUGUUCCCGGGAGAAAGGUACCUUGAAAAUGCAGCAAGUAUAGAAGACAGUUCGCUCGAAGGCCAUAAAAGUCUUUUCCAAGUCUUCUACACUUUUCAAUUUUGUCAUUUCUUGACAGUUUCACCCUCGAACUGUGUAACCUGUUACCCUCACUUUUCACGAGAUCACACGCUGCACUGCAAAGGUACUGUUUCUUUCGUAUGACGUCGUGACAAUUAGAAGUGCAUAAUUUAUUCAUCGGCCGGUACGUAUACAUCAUCGCGCCUGUCUCCCCUGACGUGUGAAAUUCGCCACGAAGAGGCAGGUUUCCCUCACGGAAAUAAUUUGUUACAUCGAUAGCAUCAAAGGAAAAUGUUAAAGCGUCUUUGUGUGAAAGAGCAGAGGCCGAAUAUGUUCACUGACACUUCAAUUUGAUUUGCUACAAGGGACGAAUUGACAUGGAGAAGUCGUCUAACUCGGAAUUCAAAGACAUGUCCAUUUACUGGUCGGUUUUUUUCUUAAAGGCAGCAGGCAUGUGGCUGACGUCGGACGAUAAAGAGGAACGCCAUAGGAGAUACGUUUAUGCGCUCAGUGCCUUCGCGCUUAUAUACGGUAUCUAUGUGAACACCAUUGAUUGUUAUUACAGCUGGGGUGAUCUAAGCCAUUGCAUAUUCUUGAUUAAUAAUACACUGUGCAUUCUGCUUGGUAUAUACAAAAUAACAAUUUUAACUACUCAGAGAAUGGAGUUCAGGAAGAUUGUCCUAUACGCGCAGAAGAAUUUUUGGCAUUCGAAUUACAGUGGAUACGAAAAGGAAGUUUUUGUGCAGUGUCAAAAAUUUUGCAAACUAUGGCUCGUAACUGUAAGCUUCCUUACACAAGCCAGCCUAGCGGGCUAUGCGAUUACCCCUAUCGUUUUGAAUAUAGGAAAGAACGAGUCAGACAGAGUACUUCCGUUCAAUAUGUGGUUGGACUUGCCGCUGUCACUGUCACCGUACUACGAAUUAGUAUUCAUCUUUCAGAUGUUGUGUGUGUAUCAAAUCGGGAUCGUCUAUAUCUGCAGCGACACGUUUUUGUGUAUAUUGAAUAUACACGUAAUUGGUCAACUCCGAAUUCUGCAAUAUAAAUUCUUGAAACUUCAGUCACCUACCAAAACGGACUUGAUCGACUGCGUGAACGAGGAUUACUUAAAGCUGAAGAAGUGCAUACGAGAUCACCAAGCGCUGAUUAAAUUCUGCGACAUGCUCGAAGGCGUUUUCUCGCUGCCGAUCCUUGGUCACAUGGUCGUCUUCAGCUUGCUUAUGUGCUUCGACACGUACGAGAUACUUCUGGCAGACGGACCCCUCGUGUCGCAGACUAUUUUCGUUUUCCAUAUGGUCGGUAGUUUUCUGCACAUAAUUUUAUUCACGUCCAGUUGCCAAGGACUGAUCGACGAAAGUACGAAUGUUAGCCUAGCGGCGUACUCAUCCUGGUGGAUGGAUUGUCCGAUGAACAAAGUCGGCAUAAUGCUGCGAAGAGAUAUUCUGAUAAUACUAUUGAGGACACGGAGACCGUGCUGUCUGACCGCUGGUGGAUAUUUCCCUGUGUCUUUGGAAACUUCUACUGCUCUGAUGAGUUCUACGAUGUCGUACUUUACGCUUAUGAGGGAGUCCUCGGCCAAGGAAUAUAUCUGUCCUCAUGAAAAUAUUACAAUGCUAGUCUUAUUAGGUCGAAGUACAAUUAGCAGCAUAUCCUGCGUGCAGGAUGGACCAAAAAAUGGUUUCCGGUAUCCUAUUCGGAGUUUUCAAAAGGUCACGAAAAGAAAAAUGACAGGCGUCUUGAAGGAGGUGAACCACGAUGUUUCAUCGGCGCGUAAAAUAGAAAAGAACAAAUCGUCGUCGAAUAAAGAUUACGCUCUAUCAGUAACGACGUUUUUAUUAAAAAUCGUCGGUCUCUGGCUGGCUAAGGACAGGAAGGAACAACGAACACGUGACUUAACGUUACUCUAUACAGUGAUAGCAAUUCUGUUUGGUGUAGUUGUACAAUUCAGGGAUUUCUAUUUCUCUUGGCCGAAUUUUUCGGACUGUACUUAUACAGCUUGUAAUAUUCUAUCCCUGGUACUGGUUUUAUUGAAAUUAUCCGUUAUAUUUGUUCAGAGAACAAAAUUUUUCGGCCUGGUUAAGUAUACUUACAAACAUUUUUGGCAUACUAAUUACGAUUAUAACGAAAUGGUACUGUUGCAAGAAUGCAGACGAAUCAGCGCCCUAUGUAUCGCCAUUAUCCAUUUUUGCGCUCAGGGUACGGUCAUCAGCUAUGUACUGACACCUAUCAUGGCAAAUAUAGGGAAGAAUGAAACUGACAGAAUACUUCCAUUCAACAUGUGGGUUGAUCUACCCGUAGCCAUCACUCCGUAUUACGAAAUAUUAUUUGUACUUCAGGUUCUCUCCUUGUGCCACGUUGUUAUCUGUUACAUUUGUUUCGACAGUCUUUUGUGUUUGGUGAAUCUACACGUGGCUACUCAAUUUCGUAUACUACAAUACAGGUUCUCGAAUUUGGGGAACACGAGCAACGUGUACUCGGGGGAUGAUAAUAACAGCUGGAGAGUGUUAGAAUUCGUGAAGAAAUGUCGCGCCUCGUUUGAGGCCUGCGUGCAACAGCAUCAGAGCCAGAUCAUGUAUUGUAAAAUGCUGAACAGUUUAUUUACGAUGAUUGUGUUAGGCCACGUAUUAGUUUACACCAUACUCCUCUGCCUGGUUGGCUACCAAGUAUUUUUGGCCGAUGCACCUCCAACGCGGCGGCUAAUUUUUGUGUUCCACAUAACGGGUAGCUUGUUGAUGUUGCUACUGUUCACGUUCAGCUGCAGCGGUUUAAUAGAGGAGAGCAUGAAUGUUGGAACCGCGAUAUACUCUGGGCCUUGGAUAGAUCUGCCGAUGAAUAGGAUCGGUACGAGUCUACGGAAGGACUUGAUAAUGGUUAUAGUAAGAUCCGGGAAGCCGUGCUGUUUAACCGCUGCCGGAUUCUUUCCCGUCUCUGUCGAAACCUUCACUACGGUAUGCAAUCUUUUUUUAUACUGAAUCAUAGAAAACAUGGUUAAAUAGUAUGAGCGCAUUAUGGUCCGCUGAGUUAUUGUGACUAUUGCGCGAGGUGGGGAGAAAUGAGUUGGGCAUGCCUACUCUACAUUCUCUGCAAAAAGUAUUCAUUCAAUUAAUGUAUC